AUGAGUAGUGUCGCCAAGCCUGAUGAGAAAGCGGUCGACAUUCCGGAAAAAUUGUACGAUGCCGGCACCAAGCGGACGUACCGCCGGAUGCGGUUCUUCGGCAAGGGCGGGUUCGCCAAGUGCUACGAGAUAGUGGACGUGGCCACGAACGAGGUAUUUGCCGGGAAGAUUGUCUCAAAGAAGCUGAUGAUGAAGCACAACCAGAAGGAGAAAAUGACGCAGGAAAUCACGAUUCAUCGUUCGUUGAACCACAAAAACAUCGUCGGCUUCCACAGCUUCUUCGAUGAUCCGCUCAACAUUUACAUCGUCCUUGAGCUGUGCAAGAAGCGGUCCAUGAUGGAGCUGCACAAGCGUCGAAAGAUCAUCACAGACUACGAGUGCCGGUACUACAUGCAUCAGGUAAUGACCGGUGUGAAAUAUCUGCACGACAAGCACAUCAUCCAUCGGGACUUGAAGCUCGGCAAUCUGUUUCUGAACGAUGAGCUGCACGUCAAGAUUGGUGACUUUGGGCUAGCGACCAAGAUAGAGUUUGACGGUGAGCGGAAGAAGACGCUCUGCGGCACGCCGAACUACAUUGCGCCGGAAAUACUGAACAAAAAGGGGCACAGCUAUGAGGUGGACAUUUGGUCGAUCGGAUGCGUCAUGUACACGCUGCUGGUCGGUCAGCCACCGUUCGAGACGAAGAGCCUGAAGGAUACGUACAAUCGGAUCCGGAAGUGUGACUACCGGCUGCCUCCCACGCUUCGCAACACAGCGGCCGAAAUGAUCUGCGCCAUGCUGCAGUCGGAUCCGAUGAAGCGGCCCCGCAUUCACAAGCUGUUUGAGUUUGAGUUUCUGUCCGGCAGUCACAUUCCGAACUCGUUGCCAAUCUCCUGCCUUACGAUGGCACCGCGAGCCGAUCAGCUGGAGCAGGCGGAGCGUAUGAACAGGAAGCCGCUAUCGGAAAUGAACGGCGCCGGAGAUGAAACGCGGUUCGAAUCGUCAUUCUUGAAGAACAAUCUACACGAUCCCAUCACUGCCAGCGGUAUGAUUUCGCGCCACAACGAUACGUACCGGGCGGAUAUUGAAACGUUGCACCGGGAACUAACGAAGCUGUUCCUGGCCAAACCAGCACGGCUAGCAAGUAAUCUGGAUGACGAAAAUACAGAUCCGGCCGUCCAGCCACUGUUCUGGGUGUCGAAAUGGGUCGACUACAGUGACAAGUAUGGGUUUGGGUAUCAGCUCAGCGAUGAGGGAAUGGGUGUUAUGUUCAACGACACCACCAAACUGAUUAUGCUUGCCAAUGGACACAACGUGCACUUCAUUGACAAGGAGGGCCAAGAAUCGUACUGGGACGUGAACAGCUUCCCGCCGUAUUUGGAGAAAAAGAUGAAGCUGCUGACCUACUUCAAGCGCUACAUGAUGGAGCAUCUGGUAAAGGCUGGCGCUGGUGUAAUGAACGUUGAAAGCGAUCAAAUCUCCCGUAUACCUCAUAUGCAUACCUGGUUCCGCACGAUGUGCGCGGUCGUAAUGCACCUAACCAACGGCACUGUUCAGCUUAAUUUCUCCGAUCAUCAAAAAAUAAUCCUCUGCCCGCUGAUGCGUGCCGUAACAUUGAUGGACAACAACAAAAACUUCCGCACGUACCGUUUCCAGACGAUAAUAGAGCAUGGCUGUUCGCAUGAUUUGUACACCAAGAUACGAUAUGCUCACGAGAAGAUAAAGAAACUGCUCGAAAAACUAUCCUAAAGCGUCCCCAAGCACACGAACAGCACGGAGGCGCGUAUAAGGUUAAAAAUUGGGGCGUAUUUUUAUAUAGUAUCCGUUUUGUUUUCAUAAGGCACAAAAGUGGUGCAGCACAGGAUAAUGAUGAGGAGGUUCUUUCUUGGUGGUUUGACCAGGAUCCACACGGUCUUUUUUAUCGAUAAAACUACUAACAGCAAUGAUCUGCACUCAUCGGAUAAUAGGAAUAUUCCGGAGGAAUUUAUUUGGUAGGAUGUGAAGCAAUCGUUUCGUUACUCUUUGGUAGCUUCAUUAUCUGUCACUUUUUGGAUUUUAUUUCGCUAUACGCUAUGCUUUUUUGUCCCUUUACCGUAAACUGCCAAUUCACUCACCGUUUUUUUUUUCCAAGCAGGAAGAUACGACGCGUUCCAUCUUCUUAUAUUGUGCGUAUUCGCUAUUCAGCUGAACAGAGAAUAUAUAGAAAUAGUAAUCCGUUUUGAUACGUUUUUAUUGUGUUUAGUGCCGACGAGUGCUGUCGGUCGUAUCAUGUGCUCUCGGUAGCAGGGAACUGGGAAAAGUACAAUUACAGCACCGACCGAUCCUCCAAGUAUUAGUGUAAAUUAAAUUUACUGUUACAUAUAGCGAAAUACAACACCGUCUCAAUCAACAACAAUCGUGCGGCCUACAGAUAAUAGGCGGAACUACAUUUUGCUUACGGGAUGUUUCUUAUUGUGUUGAAGUCUGUCGAAUACAUGAAAUACAGAAAACUGCCUCGUGCCUUGUGAACGCU